AUGUUUUGUGUGUUUGUGUGCAGGUACAACUGUGAGGAGGUGGAUUUUAAUCUGAGGGUGAACAGCAGUGGGCUGUUGCUGUGUCACUUCAACAAUUUCAGCUUCAUGAAGAAACACAUUCCACUUGGGGGGAACAAAGACUUUCUGGUCAAACCUAAACUCAUGGAAAUAGAAAAUCCUGUCCCAAUCAGACCAGCGCAGUACGUCUGCGCCCCAGACAGUGAGCAGACCCUCCUGGACGCCCCGGCCCAGUUCCUUCUAGAAAAGUUCCUCCAGAGCUGCAGCCAUAGACUGUUUCCAAUGGCUGUUGAGAACAGAGAUAACCCAGUUCUGUCCAUCGACAGCUACCUCAGCCUCAGCCCAGAGAUUACUGUGUGCUACUUCAGCUCUCGUCCACACUCCACCAACCUGAACCACCAGGGUCUGGUGUUCAGCGGCCUGUUGCUGUACCUCAGCGACUCCUUCAUUGUCUCUGGACUCCUCAAGAAAUUCCGUUUCCUCCAAGGUGCCACCCUCUGUGUGAUCUGCCAAGACAGAAGCUCCCUGCGUCAGACCAUCGUCAGACUGGAACUGGAAGACGAAUGGCAGUUCCGCCUGUGGGACGAGUUUCAGACGGCCAACUGCAGCGCAGAUCGACCCCUCUACUUUCUGACAGGCCGCCACAAUUGACCUGAAACCAGAAAUUAGAUUUGAUUAAAAAAAAAAAAAAAACAGCCAGCGACCACACAUGUUGCUGUUCCUGUGGAAGGUCAGAGUGGAUACACUGGAACGGAAAACCCCCAAAGUGCCCCCCACCCCUGUGAGCGGACCUAACACAGCUUUCCUUAACUCUGCACUAUCCCUGGUCAGCGUAUGUUGCCUUGUGUUUGAAGCUGGGCUCAUCUCCACUUGACUUCUACUGAUACAGACUUUGCUGUGACAAAAAAACACAGCUGAAAAUGAACUCUAUUUGUUUUGUUCUUGUAUUUUGCAUAAAUACACGCUCCCCAAUUGAUAAUGUGACUAUUUGAAGAUUGUAUUGUGUACAGGGACUCUGCGUAUGUCCUGUCCGGGGCAUACCUUUAUAUCUCAGGGUUUAUAGUAAAAGAGAGGUUCUUUAAAAGGGUAAAGCUGUUUUCUCCCUGUUCACAGUGUAUUUUUUGGCAUUAACUUAUGUUGGCACCAAAGACAUCCUCUGCUGCACCUUGCCUUUUCCCUUCACAUCCGUUUUCCCUUCUUCUUCACUCCUUGAACUCUCUCAUAACAAAACAAAUUUAAGCAGGUGUUUAGCUGGUACUGAUCAUACACUAGUGUAUUACAAGAGUAUCACAUUCUAUAAUUAUCAUGCAGUAUUAUCACAGGAUUAAAAUGGUUACACUCAUGUGCCUCUCAGAUAUUUAUGUGGUAUCGAUACUGCAUAAUUUUCACAUUAAUUCAUCCAAAUAAUGAACAGUGUGGUCAUUUCCUUUGGUGACUGUAGGAUGUUAAUGUGUCUGUUGUGGCCUGAAUAUACAACACAUGACCACAUAGUUUUAAUUUUACAUUUCAUCAAUUAGUGUUUCUUUGUAGAUCUGUAAGAUAAAGCAACAU